AUGUCCACAAUCUCCCUCUCAGACCUACAAUACAUAUCGCGCGAAUCCCUCGCAGACUCCAUAAAAUCCUCUUCUACCAGCACCGACUCCAAUACCUCUCUCCCAUCAAACACAGCGAUAAUCGACGUCCGCGACUCCGACCACAUAGGCGGCCACAUCCGCGGCUCGACAUGGAUACCCAGCUCGCAGCUAGACUACAAAGUCCCCGAGCUGAUCCGCACGCUUCGUGACAAGCAAGUCGUCGUGUUUCACUGUGCGCUGAGCCAGCAGCGCGGACCUAGUGCUGCGCUACGAUAUAUUCGGGAGAAGGAACGGUUGGAUGCGGGGCGGAAGGUUGAAUCGAAGAGUAAAAGUGAUGAGGAGGGAGAGAAAGAAGAAGAGAAGGUGCAGAAGGUGUAUGUGCUUAAAGGUGGGUUUACCGAGUGGCAGGAAAAGUAUGGUGCGGAUGAGCAGUUGACGGAAGGGUGGAAGAAGGAUCUUUGGGAGUUUGGAUAUUGA